GAACAAGCCUCGGAGGAGAGCCUGGAGUGGCGGUGAGGUCGUAGGGUGGGCCGAGGGCAGCGAGAAGGCUGCCGAGGCCCAGGGCAACAGAGGGUGCUGGAGCCAUUGCAGCAAGGGACCGGCAGCCUUGUGCGUUUGCAAUGGUAAUUUGCAGAUGGUUCCUGGUAGCUACAGGGUCUCUGAGGCGGAGCCUGGGGCUUCGUAUAAAAUAAUCCAGCCUGGGUUCCCCCGUGGGUCAGAGCAGUCUUGGGGCGGAGCCAAGGUUGGCUCCUGCCGGGGAGGAGCCGGGAUGCCGCUCCCGCGGUGAUGCAGAGGGGAAUUUGCUGACAGUCCCUUGCCAGGUGGGGCUGGCUUCACCAGGCCCGCGACGAGGACCGGCUGGCUGUCUCCUCCCAGAGCCUUGGAGGAACCCACCUUCGUUGUCAGGAACUGAGCAGGGACAAGGCUGGGCCGCUCAGAAGCACCUGAGGACCGAUCAAGAGGAGGGAGGGCCAGUGAACCACCCAUCUGCCUGAGCCACAAACCUCACCUGCUGGUCCAGCUUCCGGGUAGCUGAGCGAAGCCCCCAGGCCUGACUUAGACCCUCUCUGGAGAACUGACGCAGGAAGAUCCCAGGAUGGCUGCCGUGCAGGGCAACCUGAAUAUGGUGAAAGAGACACAGAACAUGACAGCACACAACUGCUUCAAUUCUCAGAGCACCGUCCUGCAGGGGCAGCCCUUUGGGGGAAUCCCCACUGUGCUGUUCCUCAACGUCAUCUUGUGGGUGGUCAUCAUUUUGGUUUAUUCCUUCCUCCGGAAAGCUGCGUGGGACUACGGGCGCCUGGCUCUGCUCAUUCACAAUGACAGCUUGACUUCACUGAUCUAUGGGGAGCAGAGCGAGAAGACGUCUCCCUCGGAUAUUUCCCUGGAGAUGGAACACAAGGACAAGGGCUUCUAUUCCUGGUUCUUCAACACCAUCACCAUGAAGAACGAGGAUCUAAUUAGCAAGUGUGGAGACGAUGCCCGCAUCUACAUCAUGUUCCAGUAUCAUCUCAUCAUCUUUGUGCUUAUCCUCUGCAUCCCCUCCUUGGGCAUCAUCUUGCCCAUCAACUACACUGGAACCGUUCUGGAUUGGAAUAGUCACUUCGGUCGGACCACCAUUGUCAAUGUCUCCAUAGAGAGUAAGGUCCUGUGGCUGCAUAGCUGCUUCUCCUUCCUCUAUUUCGUCAUUAACUUCGUCUUCAUGACCCAUCACUGUUUAGGGUUUGUGCCCAAGAAGAGCCAUAAGGUCACCAGGACACUAAUGAUCACCUAUGUCCCCACGGACAUCCAAGACCCAGAAAUCAUCAUUAAGCAUUUUCAUGAGGCCUAUCCAGGAUGUGUGGUGACCAGAGUCCACUUCUGCUAUGACGUCAGGACCCUGAUCGAUUUGGAUGAUCAGAGGCGCCAUGCGAUGCGGGGCCGGCUCUACUACACUGCCAAGGCCAAGAAGAAUGGGAAGGUGAUGAUCAAGAUCCACCCCUGUUCCCACCUGUGCUUCUGCAAGUGCUGGACCUGCUUCAAAGAGGUAGAUGCAGAACAAUAUUACAGUGAGCUGGAGGAGCAGCUGACUGAUGAGUUCAACGCUGAGUUCAACCGCGUUCGGCUGAAGCGUCUGGACCUGAUCUUUGUCACCUUCCAGGACUCCAGGAUGACGAAGCACAUCCAGGAAGAUUACAAGUACAUCCAGUGUGGCGUGUCCCCCCAGCAGUCCUCGGUGUCCACCACCGUCAAAUCCUACCGCUGGAGGGUUGCCCUUGCCCCACACCCUAAAGACAUUAUUUGGAAACACCUGUCCGUCCGCCGCUUCCAUUGGUGGGCCCGCUUUAUCGUAAUCAACACCCUCCUCUUCUUCCUCUUCUUCUUCCUCACCACGCCUGCCAUCAUCAUCAACACCAUCGACAUGUACAACGUCACCCGCCCCAUUGAGAACCUGCAGAGCCCAGUCAUAACCCAGUUCUUCCCCUCCCUGUUGCUCUGGGCAUUUACAGUGAUAAUGCCUCUGAUGGUCUACUUCUCUGCCUUCCUAGAGGCCCACUGGACCAGAUCAAGUCAGAAUCUGAUCAUAGUGAACAAGUGCUACAUCUUUCUGGUGUUCAUGGUGGUUAUUCUGCCCUCUAUGGGACUGACCAGUUUGAAUGUCUUUUUCCGCUGGCUCUUUGACAUCUACUAUCUGGAGCAGGCAUCCAUCCGGUUCCAGUGUGUGUUCCUGCCAGACAAUGGCGCCUUCUUCGUCAACUAUGUGAUCACGGCAGCUUUGCUUGGCACGGGCAUGGAGCUGUUGCGCCUGGGGUCACUCUUCCUGUACAGCACCCGCCUCUUCUUCUCCAGGUCGGAGCCAGAGAGAGUCCACAUCAGAAAGAGCCACGCCAUGGACUUCCAGUACGGGCGAGAGUACGCGUGGAUGAUGAACGUCUUCAGCGUGGUCGUAGCAUACAGCAUCACCUGCCCCAUCAUUGUCCCUUUUGGCCUGCUGUACCUGUGCAUGAAGCACAUCACGGACCGCUAUAACAUGUACUACUCCUACGCGCCCACCAAACUCAACGAGCAGAUCCACAUGGCUGCUGUCUACCAGGCCAUUUUCGCGCCACUCCUGGGUCUGUUCUGGAUGCUGUUCUUCUCCAUUCUGAGAUUAGGUUCGCUCCACAACAUCACCUUCUUCUCCCUUUCCACGCUCAUUAUUUCCAUGGUAGUUGCCUGCCUUAGCACUCUUCUGGGGAAGCUCCGGACGGUAUCUUACUAUGAGCCCGAGGAGGAGAUGGAGACCGUGUUUGACAUGGAGCCAAGCAGCAGCACCUCCACACCCACCUCCCUUCAGCUGUACGUGGCUACUGUGCUGCAGGAGCCGGAGAUGAACCUGUCCCCUGCCUCCUCCCCUGCUCGGCAUACCUACGGCACCAUGAACAGACAGCCUGAGGAGGGAGAAGAGGAGAGCAGUGUCAGGGGCUUUGCGAGGGAGCUGGGUUCCGCUCAGUUCCAGGACGGGCUGGAACUAGAGGGCCAGAGCCAGUACCACUGACCAGGACCGGAGGCCUCCACCUGGCGACUCCAGCGGGAGCAGUGGCCAGGGGAGGGCCCGGCGAGUAGUGGGGAGGCAGGAGGGCCACCCGGACCUCCCCACUACCUCCCGCAGACUCUGGGAAGGCCCCAACAGACACCUGCACCCUGGGUGUUGGCCACAUGGAGACCCAAACCUGCUGACCAGCUAGAAUGGAAGGUGCCGGGCAGUGCAGAGGGCAGUGCCGAGGGCCCCCGGGAUGGGAUGGAGGAUACAGGCAGCGCCACGUCUUGGGAACAGCCGCCAAAGCCCUGGGCACAGAGACUACAGGCUAAGGGACCUUGCUGGGGUCGAAAUGGAGAAGGUGUGCAUAAGGGAGGAGGCAGAAGGAAACCCACCGAAGACUCUUCAGGGUCCUCUCCACGCUUUCACCAGCUGCCCUGCCAAGGAGCUUCCACCACUGCUCCUACGCCAUCCCCCACCCCUACUCCAGUCCCUCCCCUGCGGUCUGAGGAAGCCCAGGUAUUUGUGCUAAGCCUCAUCAACGACAUCCCCAGCAUGGGGAUCUGUAAAGAGAAGUUUCUGCACGCACCUGGGGCAUGCGGCAGCUGAGACCAUAGACCUGAGGGGAGGCAGUGGAGACCUGUCCUAUUCCUCUGCCCCUCAGCAGACAUCCCCAGGAGCAGCAGGGUGGAGACCCUUAUCCUUUCUAUUCUCACAAGGGCAGCUGGGACACGAUCACUCGGGGCUCAUUAAACGGGACCUGUGUGCAUUUUGAUGAAGGCAACCUUGGCUGGUUACUAUAAGGUGGGAGGGGCAGAGGCAGAAUUCAUGGAGAGGGGUGCUGUCCCAAAAUACUGGGUUAUGGGAAACCAGAUACAGCUUCCCCAAGCCCCAGGCCUAAUGAGAGGACCCUCAAGGUCAAGGAUGUGGCCACUGAGAGCUGCUCCUGCCUCAUACCAAACUGAGUGCCUGAGCCCCCAGCAUAACCAAGGUGGGCAGCAGCUUGGGGUGAGAAGUCCAUGCUUCAAACGGAAGGCGACGGCCAUUCCCUGGCCUCUGAGUAGGACCCUUCCUCUCUUGGGGCCACCUGCAUGCUGGACUGAAGACCACUCAAAUGGCCUCCAAUAUGGUCCUGGCCCAGAACCCUGCUGGGGAUGGGGUGGGAGUGGGGCUGUGUCCUCCAUAGAGAAGCCCUUAUCUGGUGGAGGCCUCCUUCCCAGAGCUGCCACCACCCGAGACCUGGAGGAACCAAAUCCUGAGUAGGAACAAUGCUGGUGACACUCGUCCCCUUUGCCACAGUCGGGGGUACAGACCUCUGCCUCUGGGGACAGGCCCCCAUCAGGACCACCAGGCAGUGCAGCAUGUUAGGAUACAGACAGGGGCCAGCUCAGGCCUCAGGGACCAAAAGGAGCUAAGCUGAGCGGGGUCUACGUGGUCUGGAACUCUCCUGAGUUCCCUCCUGCAAAGAUCUGGGUCCAUGUGGCCAACCUGCCAAAAGGAGGCCCCAAGCUCGCCUCCCCCGGGCAUUUCCCACCACCUCCCAGGCACACGGGCGGCCCUGAACUCAGACCACCUGGGUCUUGUCCCUCUUCCACCUGUGCCCACAUCUCAGCUGUAGAAGCUCCAGGCUUCACCAGAGGAGAAAGAGCGCUCAAGAGACAAACAUUGCCAUACCCCCGGGGCUUGGCCCAGACUUGGCAUGAAGGAUCUUUCCAGAGAGCUUGGGUCAGCCGGGGAGUCGGCAGUCUCUCCCACUCCUUGUCCGGCUAGGAAUAAGGAGGAAAUUAUUCCCAGCCAGUCCCUCCUGAACCCAGGCCCCUCAGGGUCCCCUCCUAGCAUUUCACCAGCCAACAAGGAGAAGGGGCCUUUCCCAACAGGGAGAUCUGCCCAUGCCAUGGAAGGUGGCCAGCUCCAGGCCCUCCGGUCCCCAGAAGGUGUAUUUGGUGUGCGUGUGGCUUUCCUGCCAGAAGCUGGCCUGCAGGCUCACGUUCACCGGGCACUGCUUGCUGGGUGCCUGCCCCCCAACCCUGCAGCCCCUGCUGGGUUAUUCCUGCCGCUUCUGCCACUGUCCCUCUUCUGUCUUCCCCCUGCCCACCUGGCAGUGUAUGGAUGCUGCAUAUGGAAGGGUCCCAGCAGAUUACAUGGCAGCAUGGCUGGGGGUUUCCCCCUCUGCAUUUGGGCCAAGUGCAGCUGGUUCUAAGAGAAGGUGGUGCAAAUGUUGGGGAAGUUCCAGAAUCCAUUCACUUCUCUACACUUCCUGGAGACCCAGGGCAACUGGCCAGCACCCUCGGCCCCACCCUGACACACACACAGCCGCUCAGCCUCCACAGUCACUAUGAGGGUGGGAUGGGCGUGCUCUGGCUCCUUAGGGCCUACGCAUCACAUCCAGGCCCUCUCCAGGCACCUCCCCUCUGGCCUGCCCUCUCGGCCCACCCUUGGCCUCCACCCAUCACUAUCUCACCCCACCCCACAGCCCACUUCCCAGCUGCCCUUCUCCAUCCUUCCACCCAAGCACCACCUCUCAGACUUGAUUCUUUCUGGAGGGGGCUGCCUCCGAGGGAACCCAGGAUUGCCUAGAGCCUCUAAGAAAUGCCCCACUGGGCCUAGAGUAGCUCCAUGCCUGCCUGCCUCUUCCUCAGAUGCUUCUGGAAGCAAAGUGCCUAUCAGCAGCAUUGCAUCCUCUGGGGACCCCGGUGCGCGGUGUGGACUUCCCUUGGCCACCACCACUAAAGGAAUGUGCCAGAAUGCCGAAACUUCUCGUUAUUAAUGCUAUGAUUGUGCCUUGAAUAAACAAGUUCUCCCAA